GGUACUGAUGAGGACAGAUGGGCACUCACUGGUGGGCACACUGACAUGCACAGACACAAAUGGGCACUCACUGGUGGGCACUGAUAUAGCACUGACAGGCACUGAUAUACACACUGGAUGGCACUGAUAGUCACAGAUGGGCACUGUAGAUCACAGAUGGGCACUGAUGAGCAAAGCACGUGAUCAGCGGUGUCCAAUGACACGCUGAUCACAGGAAAAUGCAAGUGCCAGUUCUCGGCUGCACUUUCCUCACGCUGUCAGAUCGUGAGGAAAGUACUGCCGAGAACCGGCAGUUG